AUGCCUCAUGCAAUCCUUGGUUCCGACUUCCUAGCCGAGUUUGAUCUCCUUGUUGACUGUCGGCGUUCCUGUCUCCUCGACCGCACAACUGGUCUUUCUGUCCGCGGUCUUACACCCUUUAAUGACUCCUGCAAUUUAUCUGUUCUGGACACAGGUAUUGCUUGCCCAUACCGAGACCUGCUCCUCCAACACCCCAACAUAAUCAAACCCCAGUUUCGCAGUGGUCAGAUCCAGCAUGACGUUGUCCACCACAUUCGCACCUCUGGCCCCCCAGUAUUCGCACGGCCGAGACGACUGGCUCCGUCCCGUCUGCAAGCGGCGAAGGCCGAAUUUGAGCACAUGCUGCAACUGGGCAUAAUUCGCCCGUCCGAGAGUCCAUGGGCGUCCCCUCUGCAUAUGGUGCCCAAGGCGACAUCAGACGACUGGCGGCCCUGUGGUGACUAUCGCGCCCUCAACAAUGCGACCAUCCCGGAUCGCUAUCCCGUCCCUCAUCUUCAAGAUUUUGCUGGAGCUCUUUUCUGCAAAUCGGUUUUCUCGAAGAUUGACCUUGUUCGGGCCUUCCAUCCGAUUCCUGUCGCUCCUGAGGAUGUUCCCAAAACUGCCGUCACCACACCAUUCGGCCUGUUCGAAUUUGUUCGCAUGCCAUUUGGUCUUCGUAAUGCUGCCCAAACAUUUCAGAGGUUCAUUGACCGAGUCCUACGUGGUGUCUCGUUUGUGUACGCCUACAUCGAUGACCUCUUGGUGGCCAGUCGAAAUGCCGAGGAAAACAAAGAACAUCUUGCCUUAGUGUUUGACCGCCUCGAUCAGUUUGGCGUGGUCAUUAACCCUUCCAAGUGUGUUCUGGGUGUGCCGUCCCUUGAUUUUCUUGGUCACCAUGUCGAUGCACAAGGUUUGCGUCACCUCUCUUCCAAGGUUGAGGCCAUUCGUGACUUUCCUCCACCGACCUCCAAGCGUCAGUUACAACGUUUCCUUGGCAUGGUAAACUUUUAUCGCCGGUUCCUACCGAACUGUGCCGACCUUGUGCUGCAACUCACCUACUUGCUCUCUGGUCUCAAGGGUCUCCUUGAGUUACGUGGCCACGCGCUGACUGCUUUUGAGAGAAUAAAGACCUCCCUUGCUGAUGCUACCUUGCUCACUAAUCCUGCUCCAGAAGCCCCAUUGUCCCUGAUGGUUGAUUCUUCGACCGUUGCCGUAGGAGCAGUCCUCCAACAGCAUAUCAACGACUCGACACGACCGUUGGCAUUCUUCUCCAAGAAGCUUUCACCUGCCGAGACGAGAUAUAGCACGUUUGGCCGUGAACUUCUCGCCAUUUGCCUAGCCGUAAAACAUUUCCGACACUUCCUUGAGGGUCGUGACUUCACAAUUUUCACAGACCACAAACCACUUACAUUUGCCAUCCGAUCCGAUUCUGGCAAAUAUAACCCGAGAGAGAUUUCUCAUUUGGAUUACAUCUCGCAAUUCACCACUGACAUCCGCCACAUUGAUGGCCCGAAGAAUGCGGUGGCCGAUAUGCUGUCCAGACCUUUCCUCUCAGCGUUUCACCUCUCACACGGGAUUGAUCUUGGUGCUAUGGCGGCUGAACAACGACGUAUUGGAUGCCCUGGCGACGAGUCUGUUAACAGUCUUCAAUUAGUUGACGUCCCAUUGACCACCGGCACUGGCACAAUCCUUUGUGACGUAUCGACUCCUUUUCAUCGCCCUUAUGUGCCUGCCUCGAUGCGUCGAGCUGUUUUUCCAACUCUCCACGGACUCUCCCAUCCUGGGAUUCGAGCCUCACAGAAGCUCCUCACGGAAAGGUUCGUAUGGCCUGGGAUGAACAAGGACGUCAAAGCUUGGGCUCGGUCGUGUCUGAGCUGCCAGCGCAACAAGGUGCAGCGUCGCAACAAGUCCUUACCAGGCACUUUCCCCAGUCCCGACGCACGGUUCAGCCAUGUGCAUCUGGAUGUCAUAGGCCCCUUGCCUCCAUCCAAUGGUUUCCCCUACCUCCUUACCUGUGUCGAUCGAUAUACUCGCUGGGCUGAAGCUAUUCCUUUACCGAAUGUGCAAGCUGAGACCAUUGUGAAAGCCUUCGUCAGUCGUUGGGUCGCCAUAUUCGGUGCGCCAUCCAUGAUUACGACUGAUCGAGGCGCGCAGUUUGAACCCACACUUUUCCAAACUCUCCUCAACUUCCUUGGCUGCACACGUAUUCGAACGACGGCCUACCACCCAGCUGCCAACGGCAUGGUUGAGCGUUUCCACCGCCAGCUAAAAACUGCACUGCGUGCCGCAGAAGAUCCCGAAAACUGGUCAGACAAUGUACCGGUUGCACUUCUUGGCAUUCGUGCGGCACUGAAGUCAGACUUGGACUGCAGCGCAGCCGAAUUGGUUUUCGGCACUACCCUCCGACUCCCUGGUGAGAUGGUCACCCCAACCUCUGGCGGUGUCGAAGAGACCCCCGAAAAUUUUGUGCAUCGUCUGUGA